GCCUGCCACAGCAGCAGAACCUGUGCAACCCCCUGGGUGGGAGCUGGACCCCCGGCAUGAAGCACCUCUCCUGCGGGCCCUCGGCAGCCAUCACUGUGCUCUUCUGCACCGCCGUGCUCUGGUAUUCCUGCUCAGCGGCAGCUCAAGAGGUCUCCAAUGCUUCAACAAGCUCAAUGCUUGCAACUGAGUACGAAACACCAUGUCUUAAUGUGAACAUCUGCACGCAAGCAGCCAUGUGCUGCCAGACUGGCAUGGAUGAUUAUGGAUGGAUUGCAGCGGCCGUUGGCUGGAGCCUCUGGUUUCUGACUCUCAUCCUGCUCUGUGUGGACAAGGCCAUGAAACUCCGGCCUGACGAACCCAAAUAUUUGGUGGCCUGAAGCAGGGCAAGCCAGCAAGCAGCAGCAUCUGGAGCAGUGAAGUGCAGACAGAAUGACAAAGCAUUUCAAUCACUUAAGAAACAAAACAGAAAUAGAAUGUACCUACAGCCAAAAAUGGCCAAAUCUAACCAGGCCAUCUGCUGGGGUUUCAUCCUUUCUGGCAGGUCAGAGCUGCUGGCCAAGGUGUGGAGCAGGUGCAUCCCUGUGAGCCACCACCUGUAUCCCACAUUGCACAGAAAACCUUUUCCCCAAGACCUUUCAUGCUUGCUGUGAUUGUGCUAGCAGAAUGAGGUCCUAAAGGACCAGUUACUAGUCUAUAGCAUGUUGCCAUAAGACAACCCAGUACAUGACCUUUGGCUUUGAAACAGAAAGUGAGCAAAUAAAGCUAUUUGCUGGAGGAUCAGUUUUACCAGAUCUGUUACUAAGCUACAGACCAGGUUGCUACGUCAAUAAAUGGAUGUAACUCAUUGAUAAUACCAAGUCCUUCUCACUCACCUGCACUAUUUUAAAGUCUAUUAACUGAUACCAGUGAAGCUCUGUUCUGGAAACUUAAGGAUUGCUUGGGCUCUUUUGAAAUUAAAAUUAGUUUUUCUAGUGCAGUUCAUAUAUGCAGUUUUGUAGGAAUUGAAUGGUGGUUGUAUUUGUUCAGCUUGUGCCUGCCUAACUAAACCAAGCUGAACCACAAUGAGCAGGUUUAAACCAGGUCAUACACAAACCUAUUCCUAUUUA